AUGUUAUAUUGUCUAGUUCUAGGUGAACAUCCUGAAGAAGCGUUCGAAGUUGAGGAUAAUAAAUUCGAAAGUAUCUCGAAACUUGAGGAUGUUUAUCUGGGAAAAGAUUCCAGAAAUCGCGCCUGCAAGAAAACUGAAGUUGUGGCAAGUUGUGAUGAGGCAAUAAAAAUAUUAUUGACAGGAAAUGAAGUGAAGAAUGGAAUUUAUCAAAAUUUAAGGAACGCAGUGGAAAGGACCGAAACAAUCAUCUUAGCUAAUGGACCACGAACAGAGCAAGAGCCGAUUCCUCCAAGAAUUACCAACUUUACUACGCAAUCAAGCUCAUAA